UGUAAGGUAGGGGGUUGGGUUGACUUUUCACACUUGAACUGGUUUUUAGAGAAAAAGGACCCUACACAAACAAAACUAUACAGUAUAUACUUUAUUUGAAUCAGGGUUCAUACAGCUUUUAUAAAAGUAAAAUCAAAGCGCAUCACAGGCACUUAAAGCUCGUGUCCGGAGUUUAAAUCGCAGCGUCUCCCAAAACACUGUUGGUCCCACCCUCCCUCUGAUUUCGCCCCUUUAUUUGUGCACGUGCGCAGUACCUGAGAGGAGUGCCCGGAGUGCUGCAGCAUCUUGCCUGUUUUGCUGUUUUCCCCUCUUCUACAUUUAGUACAUUUAGUAAAUAAUAAAGGAAUUACGUUAGAAUGCUGUAUUGAGUCUAACUUGUCCUAAUACCAAAAUAACAUGAAUCUGCUCGGACGAACGAGUAAAGUUUCAAUAUGUGAUUACACUCGUGUAUCCCUCUCAAUGACGUUGUUUAUCAAACUUAGUGCAUUUACGCGUGUAUAUGUGUUACAUUGUUUAUUUAUUUCUAUCUAGAGUUCAGAAUUGCAUGACUCCUCUGACGAAGAGUAUGUCCCAGACGCCCCAACAUCUUCCUCCAGAGGUCGGGCAUCUAAACGAAGCCGUCAGCCGGGCUAUGGAGGCCGUGGUCGGGGAGCAACGCGAGCACCCCAAGCCAAAAAAACGUCCUGCAGUCUCUUGGCCUGACAAGCCAUGGGAUUGGUAACUUUUCUGGAAGUUGCUGAUCUCUGAUGCUCUCUCCUCCACAAGCAAAACAAAUGUGCGCACGGUUGCGUAGUGCGUAGCUCGCCCACCUCUGCAUGGGCUUGCUUGCUGUGCGCGUAACCGUUGAUUGACAGCAUGACAAAGCGGAAGCUCGAACUUGAUUGGUCGGCAGCGAACGGUGCUUUUUGGAAUAACAUGAGGGUCUAUGAGAGGAAGGCGGAGCUCAUGAAUAAAUUUUCAUAUCGUGUCAUACUAACAUAUUAUAGUAUCGAACUAGACUAACACAUUUAAGCUUUGUUAAACAAUGAUACAUAAAUUGAAAACAAACGGAAACUCCGGACACGAGCUUUAACACUGUCAAAAUCCUACAUCUCAAACUCCAUGCAGAGUAGCAUGACUACAGUCACCUUUUCUCUUGUGUUGCUUAACUGUACAGUGAAUCUGUUUACCACACAUCUGCCAGCGAUGCCCUCAACAGGUACUUGAACAUUAACAUAUUGACAACUUAAGUGCGAUUUUAUUAACUCAAUCAUGCCAGAUGGAAUAGCCUUCACAAUAGUAACAAAUUCUCUGUAUUUGACUGGAAAGGCUUUAGCCUUUAGGAAGUUUUCAUAGCUAUAAAGACUUCCAUUAUCAUCAAAUAAGGAUGUCACAAAGAUUAUGUCCCUCCCAAUCCAGCUCUCAUUAUAUACACUUUUGUUUUUAAUAGUAAUUUGCCCAUUGUGCCAAAGUAUUUCUUUAUGUGGAGAAAAGUUGUGAACAUAACACAAUUUCCAAGAAAGUAAUGCCUGCUGAUAAUACUUUGAGAGUUUCAGUGGCAAUUUAGAAACUGAGAAGUUGCAGCUCAUUAGAAAUUUUAAGCCUCCUACUUUUUUAAAUACAUUGUGUGGAAUAAAAUUCCAGAGUGAUUCUGGUAGCUCCAAACAUUUUUUAAGCCAUGUAAAUUGAAGGUAGAAUUUAAGUGAAAACACUUUUAAAAUUCUAAACCUCCUUCUGCUGCCUGGAGAAGUCUUUUUUUUUUUUUUUUUGACUGUGGCCACACAAAGCAGGCCUGGAGAAGUCCGCUACUUUCAGAAAUGCUGCGUCACUGACGUCAUCAAGUUAGAGUUGCUCGUCCAAUCACACGCGUCGUCUCGCAAGAACCACGCGAUAAACGAACGGACAAAGAAGUGGUCUUUGUUAUGUGAGUUUCUACAAUGGCGGCCCGGUAUCGCCAGUCUCACUACAGGCUCCUCGUAUGGAACAGCCUGGACAUGACCGACUGGUAUCAAUCAGACCCGACAGACACUGAGAAGAAACUUUUGAGCGUUAUCAGCGGGCUGUCUGCCAGAGAGCACCGCUGGAGGAGAAGCUGGAGGAGAAGCUGGAGCGGUGUCUGAGCUGCAGGAGAGGAUGUCCGCCAUGGAAGCCCAAAUAAACACUUUCUCCAGCGCGAGGGUGGCGAGGAAAUUCAGCGGAAAAGAGCAGAGCACAGUCCUAAAAUUGUGGUAAGGAUAUAUUCCAUUUGUAGGAUAUUUUUUUUUGAGUUUUGGUGCAAUUUUCUGAAUUGGUAACGUUAAGCAGUGAUAUGUCGUCCUCCAUCUUCUCCAAGCUAAUAACAGCUUCAUUUUACUCUUUUCCAGCCGCUUGUAAAACCCAUUACUCUGCGCAGGAAUUUCCGCUAUAGUCAACCCGACAUGGCGGAUCAGGCGGAGGCCAUUAAGUCAUCUGCCCGGAGUCGGCAGAGAAGAAAGAGACUGCUGGAUGCCAGGAAGACGGUCCUUGCUCCAGACGAACAGGAGUUCUGGAAUGGCAUCACAGCGGACAUGAUGUCGGAUGAGGAGGACGGCAGUGUAGAUGGCGUGCAUGGAUGGAUUGUGCGGCCUCCAUCCUUCCGCAGCCAGGAGCUUUCCAACUUGUGUGCUGCCCUACAGGCCAGGCUGGAAGCUGAUGGAAGGUACACAGCUCUUCAUCACAGACGUUUUUACAAUGGACAGCCGUCUGAAAGACUGAAGCCAUUGAAAUACAACAGGGCAGCAGCGAGGAAACAUGUAAUUCCAGAGCUGAUGCCUGAGACCAGCCCGGAGUGACAGAUCAACUAUAUUUUAGUUUUUGUUUUGA